CUGAGCAGAAAACCUUUGGAGUUCCUGAUCUGAUCCUUCUUCUGCUAACUACUUCCAAGUAGAAGGCGAAAUUGAGUAAAUGGACUACCUAGCAUUUGUGCUGGUCCUUCCCUUUGUGUGGGCAGCUAUUCAUGUGCUAGGAGGCUGGAAGUCUUCCUCGCCCAGGCUCCCCCCAGGCCCCAAGCCUUUUCCAAUCAUUGGAAACAUCUUGGAGCUCCAAGGAAACCAACCCCACCGAGUCCUUUCCAAGCUCUCUAAAACUCAUGGACCCCUCAUGACUCUCAAGCUCGGGAGCAUGACAACCAUAGUCAUUUCCUCUCCAGACUUGGCCAAAGAAGCACUGCAAAAACACGACGACGUCUUCUCCGGCCGAACUGUCCCGGACAGCGGCCGAGCACUCAACCACCACAAAUUUUCAAUGGGUUGGCUGCCCACAUCGGCUCUUUGGAGAAACCUCAGGAAAGUUUCUGCCACGCAAAUAUUUGCUCCACAAAGGCUCGAUUCCACCCAAGCCAUUCGGAGAAAAAAGGUGCAAGAACUAGUGGACCAUGUUAGAGAAAAUAGUGGUCAAGCGGUUGAUAUUGGUGGAGCAGCCUUCACAACUACUCUGAAAGCCAUAUCAAACACUUUUUUCUCUACUGACUUGGCAGAGUAUUGUUCAAAUGCGUCCCAAGAGUUCCAGUAUCUCAUAGUGGGUACCAUGGAAGAAGCUGGAAGGCCGAAUAUUUCAGACUAUUUCCCUGCACUUCGUUUUGUCGACCCACAAGGUACACGCCGAAGGAUGACGAUUUAUCUUGGAAAAUGUUUUAGAAUUCUGGAUGGUAUAAUCAAUGAACGAUUACAAUUAAGAGCAUCGUCUUCAAAGGGUUCCAAGGCAAGCAGCGAUGUACUCGAUUCCCUCCUCGAUCUCACUGAAGAAGAUAAUUCAGAACUGAGCUGCGACAACAUCAAACAUUUACUUCUGGAUUUAUUUGUUGCGGGGAUCGACACAACAUCUAGUACAGUGGAAUGGGCAAUGGCAGAGUUACUACACGACCCUGAAAAAAUGGCAAAAGCCCGAGAAGAGCUUGAACAAGUCCUUGGAAAAGACGGGCUUGUUCAAGAAUCAGACAUCUCAAAGUUAAACUAUCUACGAGCAGUAGUGAAAGAGACCCUUCGGUUGCACCCACCAGCGCCUUUCCUGGUUCCCCACAAGGCUGAGAAUGACGUAGAGAUGUGUGGCUUCACGGUGCCCAGAAAUGCACAAAUACUGGUAAACGUGUGGGCAAUGGGGCGAGAUUCAAGCAUAUGGUCAGACCCAAAUUUGUUUCUGCCUGAGAGGUUUUUAGAGAAGGACAUAGACUUCAAAGGGAGAGAUUUCGAGCUCAUUCCCUUUGGAGCUGGAAGAAGGAUCUGCCCUGGAUUGCCUUUGGCCAACCGGAUGGUGCACUUGAUGUUGGGUUCUCUUAUCCACUGCUUUAAUUGGAAGCUUGCAGAUGGGAUGAAGCCAGAAGAUAUAGACAUGAGUGAGACUUUUGGCAUUACCUUACAUAAGGCUAAGCCUCUCCGGGCUAUCCCCAUGAUCAGAUCCGUGUAAUUUUCAUUGCUUUUGUUUUUAGCCAAAUAUGGAUAUGUGAGCCUCAAGUCUGUAGACAUGCAUGAUGUAAGGAUUUUGUGCAUAUGUGGAAUAAACGACUGGGCUUAUUUCUCGUGGAUAA